AUGCUGUCUCAAGAGCUAGCCUCAGCAAGCUCUCCAGCCAUCUUGGAAGACAUACUUACCCUGUACUCUGGUACAAGCAAGGAACAAGUGCGUGCAGCACUUCGGGAUGGCAAUACAAAGCGCCUUGAGAAAUUGCUUCUAGUUGAGCCUCUAAAGAAUCUGUGUCGGAUAUUUUCAUGGAUCUUUGCACUCGAUCUCCCCAAAACUAUGCUUAAGCAACAAGCUGCUGAGCUGCUGGCCACCAACUGGAGAAGGUGCAUGUCCUCCGCAUCACGAUGGAGUGUCCCAAGCAGCAAUGAUACAGCUCUGAUGAAUGCAUAUUUGGAGCUAGCGAAGAAGUACAAUGUGUCAUGGCUCAAUUACGUCGUGGAGAAAACAAAAACCAACUUCAUUCCAUAUCGCGAAAUGGCGUUCCACAGCACUUUAGCCACUGGCUUCUCGCCGUACUAUAAAGUUAUUGCAAACAUAGCCAUCUUUAGCUUGCUUGGAAAGCCCGAUGCAGAUAAAACUAUCGUCCUUGAGAUCCCCAAGGAGGUCUGUGAUUGCAUAGUCAAUGAUACCGCAGCCAGGAUUAUUAUGUACUCGUUCUACGAGGUGCUUAAAGACUCCAAAUUUCCUGCAUUGCAGAUCAUGCGCUGGGAAGAUGUUAAAGCUUCAACGGCAGAUCUAUCCAUUUACGUCAACGGUCAGAAGGUAGUAUUAACCUCCUUUAAAGCCAAGAACCAAAUAGCAAUGCUCAAGGCCAAAGAUCCUCAAGUCGUUCCCACCUCAACAGACCUGACGGCGCCUAUAAAGUACGUCUUAGAGCAAUCCUCAUGCGGAUAUGCAUACAUAGACUUCAGUAUAGCCACAUUUCCUGCCCACCCAGACGCAGGGUCAGAGACCUAUAAGUACCAAGCCCCCUACGUAGCACUGUAUCUUGCAAAAGCUCUGAGCACAGCCGAAAUAUACCAUCUAUUAAUGGCUCGGCCUAUGCUGACAACCACUAAGCUGAAGCAACUCAUUCAGGAGAAAGAAACCCUAUACGCAAAAGAGUUCUCUACGCUAAUCUCCACUUGCACCACUGCCAACAUUGAGACUUCAGUGGACACAGCAAAGCCCUCCGCAACUCCGCCUCUUUUCCUCAAUUAUGUAUCCUUUGUAGACCAAGUGCGCACAGUCUCCAACAAUGUCGCACAGACGGACGAGUAUGAGAGUGAUAUUGAAAUUGCUGAUGAGCUCAUCUACCUUGAGUCACAUCUUACUCGAAAGAAAAUCAAGAUUCCUGUGCGCUCCUCAAACUGUCGCCAUUUUAAUCGAGUGAUGGAUCUGGAGGAAUAUAUUCAAGGGUGUAAAGAAACCAACUUGUGGAAUUGCACUGUUUGUGGAGAGCCUGCUACCUUUGUGCAAUUACAUAUUGAUGCCUUCUAUUGGUUCCUUCUUAACAUAGUCCGUGUUACCCAAGAUGUGAUCCAUCUGGACACGAACACAGGAGAGAUUCAACUGGGAAGCGGGUGUGACGACAACUCUGUGUCUUCUCCCAGUGGCUGGUCCUUUGGAGGUGAUUAG